UCAUGCUGCUGCCAAGUCCAGAGUCUCUCAUGGGUCCCUGUACGGCCUCCCAUUGCUGCUGUCUCCAUCGCACACACUCUGCCAUGUGCCACUUUCAGGUCUCCUCACACUGCUGGUGUGUUCCAUUUUUUGUCAUAGGGUGCUGGCAGAUUACGGGCCUCCCAUAGCUGCUGCCAGGCCCCUAAUCUGCCAUGGGCCCCUAUACCGCCUCCUCAUGCUGCUGCCAAGUCCAGAGUCUCUCAUGGGUCCCUGUACGGCCUCCCAUUGCUGCUGUCUCCAUCGCCACACUCUGCCAUGUGCCACUUUCAGGUCUCCUCACACUGCUGGUGUGUUCCAUUUUUUGUC